AUGAAAUCACCACGAAUUUAUUCUCAUGAAAACUUAACUUUUUCAUAAAUCUAGAAGCUUUGAUUUGUUAUUCAUAGCCAUCCAAUCAAACUUCGCUUUCUUUGAACACUUGAUCUAAGAAUAUAAUAUGACAGGGUUACUUUUCUUGUGCUCAUUCCAGUGUUGUUUUGUCGACGGUUUGCCUUCAUUACUGAGUUGUUUUUACAACGAUUUGAAUAUAUUUGAUGAGGAGGGCCCUUCAGUGAAAAUUUUGCAAUACUCACGGCGAAAGUAGCUUCUGUUCUCACAUUUAAACUCGAAUAAUCAACAUGUAUACUGGUGGCCUUUUGAAACCUCGUCACAGAUGAUUGUCUAACUUUGUUCAAUGUUCUCACUCUGUUCAUCGUGUCAAGUCAAGAAAAGAAAUGCGGGAAAAUGGGAAGAGGUUUCGAUCAUACCAGCUUGGUAUGGGUAUUAGUAUUGGUAUUGGGCCGAGGUUCUGUACGCUGUUUCCAAGUUCUCAGGAGAACAAACAAGAUGUACUCGACUCGAAAGGUUAAUUUUAGAAUCCUGAACCUUAACUAAAUCUGACUAAACCUGAUAAAACGUGCUAGUCAGGCACAACUUGAUCAAGUAAAACUACAAAAAAGGCGGGUUCUGUGCUGAACAACGAUGGAGCAGAUCACCAAAUCGAAAGGAGAUCCGGCGUCCAGAAACUGUAAAGAACAUAUAAGAUUAUCAAGAAGAUGCCUGGUUACGUGAUUUCAGAUUCCGAGAAACAAAGGCUUGGGUCAAAGUAUACCUGUAAUUCAUGUGGUUUGCUCUUACGGGAUGCUAUGCAAACUUCUUGUGGUCAUUUCUACUGUAGUUCCUGCUUGGCCAGCUUAUUUCAAAAUGAAUCUACAAGAAUGGUCUGUCUACAGGACCAGAAAGAGUUUCUCCCGAAUGAGGUCUUUCCUGAUAACUUCAUGAGACGUGAAGUGCAAGCCUUUGUUGUUAACUGUACUUUUGAGGAUGAAGGAUGCAAUUGGAGAGGAGAAGUUAGACACUUAGAGGACCACUUGAAUAAUUGUGAGUUCCUUAAAAUUCCCUGUGUACAUCCUGAGUGUGGCGCACAAGUGAAAAAAUCAGAUCUAACCCAACACUUGGAAAAGGAAUGUGAGUGCAGAUUGGAAACCUGUGGGUUCUGCAAGAAGCAAUUCAAACUUAAUAAGAUGAAGCAUCAUCAUGAGACAGAUUGCCCAGCAUAUCCUGUUAUUUGUAAAAAAUGCAACAAAGAUGGAAUUCUUAGAGCAAAGCUGUUACAGCAUCAAGAUCCAAUGAUGGGAGAUUGUGAUAGUGUACAGGGACCGUGCCCUUAUUCACAGAUUGGCUGCUCUGCAACUGAGGCCCUCACCCAAAAACAGAGGAAAGAGCACCUGGAGAAACAUAAUACCUUACACACUACUCUGCUUUUACAUUUUGCUAUACGAAUGAGCAAAGAAAUAGAGGCACUUUUAGUGCGUGAUCCCAGAAUCGUGUCUAGAAAUCCACACCUCGUUUCAAAUUACGACAGUGUGAUUACGGAUCUUCUCGCUCAAGUUCAAACUCAGGCGGGUGAAACAAGGAAUUUACGCGAAAAAUGCCAAGAACACAGCGAGAGAAUUACCGCCUUGGAGAGGAAAGUGGCUUCAGGAAAUCUGUUGGGAGCUGCCACUACUACCCAAAUACCUGGCGAGUCCAAUGAUGGUGCACGUCACCCUGAAAUCACGCGAAGGGUUACCAACAUUGAAAACCGAACCGCUGACCAUGAAGUUCUUCUGGUAGAGAACAAUCGCGCAAUGGAGGAAGUUAGACGUGACAUGGGUAAUAUGAAAAGGCAGCUUGACACCACACAAGAGAGCUCCAGGAGACAUGACAGAAGGAUUGAAUCUAUUGAGCACACGCUGGCACUUAGAAAUGUAACCCUGGCUGAUUUGGAGGAAUACGUAAGACAGCAAGAGUUCUCAAGUUACGAUGGCCAGCUUUUGUGGAAGAUUUCUGAUUAUGCUCGCAAACGAAAUGACGCAGUGACAGGUCAGCAGGUCUCUUUCUAUAGCCCUUGUUUCUACACCAGUCGCUAUGGCUACAAAAUGUGCGCCCGCAUUUACCUGAACGGGGAUGGAAUGGGAAGAGGAACGCACAUCUCGAUCUUCUUUGUGGUCAUGCGUGGUCAGUAUGACGCGCUGCUCCGCUGGCCAUUCAGACAGAAGGUCACCUUCAUGUUGCUGGAUCAGGAUAACGUAGAACACGUGAUUGACGCCUUCAGACCUGACCCAAACAGCUCAUCCUUUCAGAGGCCAAGAAGAGAGACAAACAUCGCCAGUGGGUGCCCGAUGUUCUGUUCGCUUUCUGAGCUAAAUAAUCAUGCUUAUGUCAGGGACGACGCCAUGUUCCUGAAAAUAAUUGUGGAUACGUCUGAUCUGUGAAGAGGAACUUUGAGUUAUGGUUUGUUACUUGUUUUAAAUUUACAGUCUUACCAUUGUUCUGACAUGAUGUGUACAUGUUGCAUGUAGGUGAUACAUGGCAGGUGUUGUCGUUGUUUCGUACCUGAAAUGAACGUCAUUUUCUUUGUUUGACAGGACAGUUUGUAUUUUGAUUUGAUUUUCGCAUCUCAAAGUGAUGCGAGAAAAAGUCAGAUUCUUUUUAUUUUUAUUAUGACAGUUGAAUCUGUCUGCUUGCUCUCCAUCAAAUCGUCAACAGAAUACGCGACCGCGAUCGAUACAGUGUAAGUUCCAUGUUCGCCAUGUCACAGAAUUAUAUAUGGAUUGAUCAUUUAUGUUAAUAUUGCUAUGCAAUUAACGUAGGUGCAAUGGUUUUUCUAAAACGGUAGCCAUUUGCUUGAGCGAAUGACGUAUAAUGCCGGGAAGUAAACGUAAUGCAGGGUAUAUUAGCUGGAUUUGACGAUCCAACUCUUUUUCUUAUGUUUGGUUGAUUUAAGUGCAGUUUUUAGGUUGACUCAUUAAAACCGCAACAACUUUUUGUUUAACUCGUAGUAAUCAGGCCCGAUGAGCUAACAUAUACCCUCUAAUUAAUUAGUUGCCAAGUGUACGCGUGAAAUAAUUGAAUACACGAAAAUGAAACGAGUAAUUAGCUUUGAGAAACAUCUUAAUUUCGAAGAAACGCAUGCUUACAGUGUAGGCGAACUUCUCUUUUCUUUUUAUGUUGUGGAAUGCCUUUCCUCGGUGCGUCGAGAUUUUUGAUUUUACCUGGACUCUGGCACCAUCGAGAGAAUAUCGUCAACAUUUUUAUAAAGAAAGUUUAGGAAGGAAGUCGGUUUUGAAACAUCUAAGGAGUGAAAAGUCACGCUUUCUGCAGGCUUCUCCGUGAACGAUUGAAGUGCAUUCGAAUUUCCUUUAAGACUAAAACUUCAGCCUCGCUAUGAGAGCUGACUAAUAUGGGAUCUCAGUCACAAGGAGAAAUUUUGAGAAUUUUUCCAAAGUGGUUUGUAGAGAUGGUCAAUCAGAAAAUCUCGACUUUGCUUCAUCGUUUUUUUUUUUGGUGUCUUUUGCGCUGACCUCCUCGCGGUAGACACUGGGAACGCUUUUUGUUUGUCAAGUGGGGGUUUCUUUGGGGGUUCUUUUUUCGCUCAAAGCAAAAGCAUUCAAUGAACUGGGAGCAAUUGGCAGUGAUAAAUCGUCCGCUGGAUCACUGACUUAAGGUGGUUAAACUAAGGGAUGAACUGUGGACAGUAAUUUACCAACUUCAGUCGUCCUUAGGUAUUUUGGAAAAUUAUUAUUAGUUUUAGCAACAGGGAAGGUCUUUCCGACUAGAGGUCGACUUGAAGAUAGUGUUCCUUAGGUGAUCAAAGGAUUUGAGAUAGAAAAAGUUUGUUUUCAGUUUGUUUUGGGUGAAUCGAGCUCCAGGGACCGGGUGGGUUUUUUUUUUUUCUGCAAGGGGUCAUCCGGUAGUAAGCGGCUAACAGCGCAUAUCUCGGGAGCAGUGAGCAGUGUAUGCGUGGGUUGUCGAGGGUCUCCACCAAGUUGACUAAGUUAUGCUCUAUUCCACAACAUAAAACAGAAUGGGGCCACUUACUCUCAGAGCCUGUUUUUUUUUUUUUUUCGAUUUCUCGAAGGGAGUAUUUACUGUCUGAGCACGCAAAUAGACUAGAAUAAUUUCGUGAAAUUACCCGAAGUGAUACACCUGUCUACUUAAAGGAGUUUAAAUCGAAGUCAGUAAUUGUACGGAUGAAUACACCAAGUCGAACUAGCUAGUUUAGUGGAUUAUUUUUCGUAGGUUAAACGCUGUUGCUUGAUUUUCCUUCCACAAUUAAAGGAAUGAUUGUUACUUUCCAGUGUUUCUUGUAUGCAUUGUUUAAAUUUUCUUGCCAAUAAAACAUGAAAAUGUCA